AUGGGCCAAAGAUCUGUUUCCAAGAUGACCGCCUGCGAGCAAGCCCUGAGCCUUCCCGAGCUCGUGGAGAAGAUUCUCGACCCCGAGUACAAGCCAGCCGGGUUCCUCGAGCCACCUCCCGAGAUUCGCGUUCUUGACUACACUCCAGAGCAGCUGCGUAAUGCAAUGCAUCCCUUCCGCAUCGAGUCCGUCUCUACAGGCCCGGACGGAUCCAAGCUCCUCAUACUCAGCCUUGACAUGGACCGAGACUACUACUUGGAUGUGCGACAUCGCAACCCCACGGGUUGGUUCCUGGAAGACUUGGCGUAUCAGGUGAAUGCAUCGUGGCAAGAGGUGCUGAUUUGUCCAGGGCAGCUCCAGAUCCAAGUGAGCACAGUCAUGGCUCCACGUCUCACCUGGCACUAUCCACCAGGACAGGACGUGACACUGGGCCAGGUCGUCAGGGGUGCUGUGCUGAAGUUGCGGGCUGGGUCUGCUGGGUUCCGAAGGUGGUAG